AUCGAGAAAGAAGGUAGUUACAGAGGCAAUCCUUCUUCGUCAUGUCUCAUGCCCAUGGAAUGCAAUCUGAGUAUUCCGACCGCGUCAUUCUUGUUUUCUAUCGACGAUUUUUUGGAUUUUUGAAUUGAAUUUCAAACAAAACGCACAGCAGAAUGUAGGACAAAGAGGAACGGUUAAGACAAGAUAAUUAUACUUUAGGAGGACGAUAAUACAAUAGAUACGCAGUGCAACUAGUUUGUUAUAGAAAAAAAUGCCAAUUCAAGCGACCUGAAAAUCAAAAUCGAUUUUUUUAUUGUGACUUCUGCCUGUUACCAAAGCUUUCUUUACUCACUAGAUCUUUGUCUUUCACGAUAGUAAUUUUUCAAAGUUAGUUCAAGCUUUUACAAUAAGAAUUCUUGAGUCGCAAAGCCGACACAGAAAUUCAGUAUUUUUUGAAGAGAAAUUAGCUCGCAAAGUUCGAGUUAUUCUCAUCUCGAUUACGCACAUCAAAUUUUUCAAUACGGAAACCGUUAAGUAAAAUUUCUAUUUCAUUCACGACUUGCAUCUAUACUAUCGCCACUUUCUUACCUGAAUUGUUAUUUGGUUUGCGAGGUACCUACACUAAAAAAAGUAAGUCGACUAAUCUUUCUCUCACACCCUCGUAUUUGCUGCCUUUCACUCGACGAAGCGACGAUGCCAAGUGCUUCCUCCUCCGCGAAGCGACCACUGGACGAGAUCCGCAAUGGUGGGCCGAAGCCGCCGACGAAAGCGGCAAAAGUAGCGGAAGAGCCGAAGAAGUCAACAACUGCUGGUGGUGCAACAUCGACGAAAAAGGAGGUCCAGCUCCCGGUCAUUGAUCGCAUCAUGGUCGUGAAAAAAAAUCACGAAAUAUGCACCGAAAAGGCCGGAGCGGGCAGAGUUGUAGUUGUGAUGUUUGAGCGAAUCGGCUAUGGUCUCGCGGCUAAAUGAAUGUGAUGCGCAAUUCCAUGAUUACCAUUUAGCGAGGACAAGACACGAACUUGCUCAGAGUUGUUUCAAUAGGAUACGCCCGUCUACGCGCUUUGCAUGUUCGUAGGGCGAUGCGCCCUCUAUUUGCCAUAGUUAAGUAGAAUGGAAGCACUGCUCUGGCGCUUUUUUCGGUGCAUAUCUUGCGGCUUUUCGUGAACUUGGUGAAGAUGGAAAGACGAGGAUCAGGGUGGAGGACUGGAAGAGAGGGGAGAUCGUGAAGUCUGCGAUCGGAUGGACUCCGUGCCCCAUCGACGCGGAGCGCGACCCCGGGGGCGCUUCGGACUACAUGUUGGAAAAACUUUACGACGGCCUGACGAGCACGUACGGAAAGGGGCGCACCCGGGUACUACUUUAAAGAGCAUCAGACCGCAGCAGCUUGCUAUAAUAUGCUUGCGCUUAUUUUCUGUCUUUUUUAUACCUUAUGUCUAUUCGCCUUUGUGUGUCAUCUUGCACGAAUGUAAAAAUUGAAAACUUACUUGGCUUUAUUCGCCUUCGGCCUGACUAUCAUCCAGGCCCAAUGCGUGUUUAUUGAAGUUGCCAAAGUGCUUAAGUACAAAAUUACAGCUGAGCAGCGGAAACCAGAUGCAGCACCUGGUUGACUAUUUGCGAGACUCCUGCGAGCCGCCGAUGCACUGCGACCCGUCCGAGGCCAACAACCAAAAAGGACGAGCCGAAAACAUAUCGAGGAGAACCUGCUGGCUCGUUGUUUCGAUUGCCUAUUCUUUCAUCACCUUUCCUGCUGUCGUUAGGUUCGAUCCUUUGAACCAAUACCAAUGAGAAGGAUAUGAGCAUGACCCUUUCUACAACCAUGAGCGUGCUCGCGCAUUUUUUAAAGUAGUUGUAAUUAAUCUUGAUCUUCAGCCCAAAUUUAGGCCCGUAUCAGCGAUCCAGUUUUUGCUUGCAUAAAAUUUUUGGAAUGAAUACUGUUUAAUGGAUGGAGACUUGGUGGUGGUAUCGGGCGGCUCGAAGAAACCGGGCUUCGAGCAAGACGAUGGCGUGGCGCUGUGUGAAGUCUUAACUGUAUGAGAGUGCAGUUCGGAUUCUUUGGUCGGGAAGGUCAAAGCUUCCAAUGCUUGCAUGUCCUCCCUGAUGGCAACGAAGGGACAGUGUGAUGGAUAUAGAUUUUUGAUCUCCUUUCCCUGGUCUGUGCAAGUGCAAAGUUUUGCAUGCUGAGGCUGACGUAGACGCUCGUGCAUUUUGUUGCGUAUUCCUAGUACGGUAUCGAAUGGCUAUGCGUGAGACAGCUGUAUAAUUCUGUACGGCUUUGGCUUUUCAGACCUACACAAUUUUGCAGUGCAUGAACCAUCCGAAAUGCGUGCUAUAGCGGAACAGCGCGGUGCGGAAUAGGAGGGUCGGCGAACAGUGGAGAACAGGCGGGCAAGUCGACAUUCUCCGAGAACAAGUUCUACCUGCGCAUGAAGGUUCUGAAGGUGUGGGAAAAGGGUGAAGGGUGCCCGCUUCAGCAGCCCAACAAGGACGGCAAUUACAGCGCGAUCACAGUGGCGACCAACCAGAAGGCCUCGGUCGGUGGGGACUUCCGGAAGGCGGUUUGGAAGGCCCUCACUAAGGAGGAACAAAAACUGCUGGUGGACAAACUUUUGAAGCGGGAGGAGCUCAUUGCAAAAGUGGGCUUCGAGGCAUAUGCAGGCACCAGAUUGGGGACAUUUUUUGGAAAGAACAAACAAGCAGGCCCAUGCCUGUCUAUUGUUCUAGGUCACUACUUUUGCAAGAGCAUGAGCCACCAAAGAAGGGCAGCGCCUUCAGACAGGUGGGGCGCUGCCUGUGGUCGGUAGCACUAUGCAGGCGCGCUUGCGUGAGAAAGUGCCAUGAGUGAUUCUUUCGGUCGAAAAUCCCCCAACCUGGCGCCUUCAUAAUUGCAUCCCGAAGUACCGCGCGCAGGCAGAACGGCGGGCGAUCCCGCUCUACACUGCGGAGGCAGUGAAGGUAUUGGCGCACGCUUUUGCUAGUUUUCUACUUAGCUUGCCGAGUGGGGUUUUUCGCAUUUUUGUUUCUUCUCGUGCCGUAGUUUGAAUUUUUGAUACAGCUCGCCAGAUGUUUUCUAGCCAUCUGGGGCUAGCCGCGCGCGGGAUUCGGAAGGAUGUAGCAGCACGUACGUAGUGGCUGUGGUGAGUAGAAGUUUCUGCUUGCUAUAGGAGGCACACCGAAAUAUCGCAACAGGACAAGAAGGAGUUCCCCGUGCCGCAGAAGCCCACCUUCGAGACGCUCCGGAACCACUUGCAAGUCCGAUCCUUGCCGAAGACCACGCGCACCAAUGUCAGCGUUGGCUCGACCGAUUGGAAGAGCUUUGGCUGGAUCAAGAGCCAUUUUUAUGCCAGUGCAAUAAACUAUCUGCCCCCUUCCCCGCCUGCAGUCUCAAUUCCUCCACCUCUCUUAUCGCUUGACUUGCAUGCCGUGCAUGAUCGUGUUUGUGCAGAAUUGAAUCCAAUGCAUGUGUUGUAUACACGGGCCGAUGGCAGGUAGCAAGAACUGCUGUAGCAUUGACUUUUGCAGGAGAAACUGUUGUAGCAGCAACUGUUGUAGCAGAAGCUGUUUUAGCAGCAACUGUUGGUUCCUGAUGAUGGUUAUGGUGAACAACAACAGGAACGAAUCAGCAAACGCGCAAUUUCACGUAGCAAACCGAAACAGCAGCGCUUUCUACGUGAAAAUACGCGUUGCAGCUAAAGUGCCAAAAUUCAAACAUCCUACUGGGAUGGUACACAGCAACAAAUCCUUACUAAGAACAUCGCAGCUGCUCUGUGCUUACGCUUAGCAAAGAGAGUAGAGGUCGAGGCGUGGGGAUGUCUGGUUGGAGCCGUAUUUUCCUUCUGCAUACUCUCGUCGAAGUCCACACCACCAAGCAGUCCCUCUCCCCCGCCGCGUACGUGGAGAGCCAGUUCGAGAUCCCCUGGGCCAGAGAAAUGCUGCGUCAGAUCACGAUGUUGGCGAAAGAAGAAGCUGCGAAGAAAAACGGACUGCCAGUGACUUUCACAGCAAUUGGAGUGGGGAAGAAUAAUUUGACUGGUCCGUUAGCUUAGCUAAGAGCUUUUUCUAUGUAGCUGACAGCAGUCCUUUUCUUGAUUGCUUUCAAAUUGCAACGCUCGAAAUCGUAUCUAUGAAGCAGCGAGAUCCACGCUAUCGGGGUCAAAGCAACUGGUUAAGGAUUUCUGUUCCAGCCUUUUCACCUCCACUCGCUCCGCACACCUUACGUAGCCAAUUUUGAAAAGUUUCCCACUUCGCAGGUUGGCACCAGGAUCGAGGAAACAAGCGGGGCAGCAGCAACUACCAAUUUGCGUUGGGCGACUUCGAUUGCGAGAUGGGCUACGCAGCGAUGGAAGUGAACAAGGGCAGGGUGGUGUUGCGGGGCGUAAAGGACAAAACUGCCGGCGAUGUGGUGCUGGGGUGCAGAGGUAUUCGCUACUAUCAUGCGGCCUCCCUUUAAGCGGCCGAGUUUCAGAUGUAUUGCCGAUCGCCCGCUGCUCCAUUGGCUACUCGCUUGCGCUGCAGAAUUCACAACUAAACAACUCAGCCAGUAGCUGGGGGAGAGUUCUACUUCUAGGACUUUGCCCGUGCCUGUACGCAGCUGCUAGAAAGUCGCAGUAGCAGUCUAUUGACUUGGACCCUCUGAGAUCUGAAAUGAAAACGAAAAUCAACAUCCACAGGGCCGUCGAUCGAUGACGCGCCUGCGAAGGAGGAGCAGUGCAUCUUCCGCGACUGCAAAAACAAGUGGAUUGCUUUUGACCCGUACCGCUGGCAUAGAACGGAAACGCAUGGGAACGACCGAUGGGUGGCAACGUGCUAUACCCAUGAGCCCCCAACUUCUGCCAAAGAAAAAAAGGACCUGGUGACCGCCCUGAAAAAGCUGGGAUUCCCGGUGCCAGCGGACUGGUGAGAAGCUAGCAGGUCGAUCAAUCUGGCGAAGGAGGUCGCAGGGAUUUGCGUCGAGGGGUGGCCGCAACCUGAUUCCAGUAAACACCUGGCCGCGUCCGGAAAGUGUCAAGCCCGCCCUCUCGAUCCUUUCAUCCCACCGCGCAGAUGAUCCUCUAUUUCGCAUCGAUUUUUCCUUAUCGAACCAGUUUCCGCAUCAGCAUCGUCCGUGAUAACUCCGUCCAAAGAGACAGCAGCUAGUUCUUCUAAAAUGUGUCAAAUUCGAAUUUAAUGUCUAUGCAUCUAUUUUGUGUUGUCUACACCAGAAUUUGUGUUGUUACGUAUACGUCCGUGCUGAAAGCGUGCGCAUGAACAAUGUUUGUUUUUUCAAAUGAGAAGGUCAGCAGUGUUAGAUGUGAGUAUUGAAUGCGAAGAAAGUACUUAUAAAGAUAAAGGUAAAACGAAAGUUUGAUUAUGUUGGGAGUCGGAAAAGUAUAAUACGAGCUCGAAGUGGACGCUGCGCACCCAGUCAGCAGCUCUUCAUCAAUGAAGCGAUGAAGAAAAUAGGCAGGAUGCCACACUUGCGUUAGAGUAUCAGAAGCACAAACG